UCCUCCGGGGCGCAGGACGCACGGAGGACGCGCUCAGAAGUACCCGAGCCUUCGCUUUGAAACGCUGACGCGCACGUUUGACUUCUUCCAGAUCUCCUUUCCGGCAAAGUUACAUUUCUGGUGGUUGCUCUUCUUCUCUUGCCUGUUGCUGUUUGUGCUCCGGAAGGGUCGGAGGUGUGUUUUCUGACAUGAUGCUGGGAUUGCGGAGGACUGUUCGCGCCGCACUUUGGAUGAAGCGACCUGAGGAUUUUUUGUGGGAAUAACUUUAAAAAAAACGGGGAGUUUCGGAAAGCGUGGGCUCGCCUGUGUGAUCGCUGAAGCCCUCUCGGGUGUCCCGCACAGCAGAAUGCAGCCGUCACCUGCAGUUCUUCUCAUUUCUUUUCUGGUCUGGGCUGAUGGCUCCUCUCUCCACUACCCGGACCCCCACUCCAGCGGUCUCCCCCUCGAGAAGACCUUUGGCCGGUCCGUCAAAGUGUCCCAGUGCCAGCACAUGCUGAAGCGCCUUCACAACGGAGCCCGGGUCACCGUGCAGAUGCCCCCCAGCGUGGAGGGCCACUGGGUGUCCACCAGCUGCGAGGUGAGGCCGGGCCCGGAGUUCCUGACGCGCUCCUACAGGUUUUACCCCAACAACACCUUCCAGGCCCACCAGUUUUACUACGAGGACAAUCACUGCACCAAACCCACCCACACGCUGGUGGUCCGCGGCCGGCUGCGCCUGCGCCAGGCCUCCUGGAUCAUCCGGGGGGGCACGGAGGCAGAGUACCAGCUCCACCACGUUCAGAUCGUGUGCCACGCGGCGGCGGCGGUCAAGGAGCUGACCCAGAGGCUCGGCCACGGCUGCCGGGGGGCCAUGAAGGGCCUCUGGGAGCCCGACGCGAUCUACGACCUGUGGAACGAGGAGAGCAGCCACGACUGCUCCCGGGGGCUCAACUUCGCCAUGCACGAGCUGCAGCUGCUGCGGGUGGAGAAGCAGUACCUGCACCACAACCUGGACCACCUGGUGGAGGAGCUGUUCCUGGGAGACAUACACACCGAGCCGUCCCAGAGGUUGUACUACAAGCCCUCCAGCUACCAGACGGCCCUGCAGAACGCCAAGAACCACGACCACGGCUGCAUCGCCUGCCGCAUCAUCUACCGCUCGGACGAGUUCCACCCCCCCAUCCUGCCCCCGCGGGCCGACCUGACGGUGGGGCUGUACGGCCAAUGGGUGAGCCAGCGCUGCGAGGUGCGCCCCGAGGUGCUCUUCCUCACCCGCCACUUCGUCUUCCACGACAACAACCACACCUGGGAGGGCCACUACUACCACUACUCCGACCCCAUCUGCAAGCACCCCACCUUCACCAUCUACGCCCGGGGGCGCUACAGCCGGGGGCUUCACUCCACCCGCGUCAUGGGCGGGACGGACUUCGUCUUCAAAGUGAACCACAUGAGGGUGACCCCCAUGGACGUGCCCACCACCUCCCUCCUGAACGUCUUCAACAGCGACGAGUGCGGCGUGCAGGGCUCCUGGCAGGUGGGGGUGGAGCAGGACGUGACGGCCACCGACGGCUGCAUGGCCCUGGGCAUCCGGCUGCCCCACACCGAGUACGAGGUCUUCCGCAUGGAGCAGGACGCCCACGGCCGCUACCUGCUCUACAACGGCCAGCGCCCCAGCGACGGCUCCAGCCCCGACCGCCCGGAGAAGCGGGCCACCUCCUACCAGACGCCCCUGGUGCAGUGCUCCUCCAGCAGCCAGCGCCACGACCACGGCGGGGGGGGCGAGGGGGACGGGCCGGCGUCUCCCCACCGCAGCGGCGCCGGACGCUCGCCGGGGGCCCCGGCCGCCGUGGUCACCGCUCUGCUCCUCUGGUGGCACAGCUAG